AUGUCACGUUUUCCACCUAAUGAAGGAAUAGAUGAAUUAGGAAAAAGCACCAAGGGAAUUGUUCUGAAUAGAGACAUAAACAAAUGGGCUGAUAAUAGAAAAAUAUUCAUUAGAGCUAUAAUGGCUCCAAAUGCAUUAAAAUUUUCAGCUAAUCUUUGA